CAGAAAACAGUAAUGAGGAGCAUAAGUUAGGGGCAGAGGUGGAGAGAGAAAGAGAGAACAGAUGGCUACUUGACAGAGCGCCUCUACAAGCACGCCUGAUGACACAGUCAGCCCCAAACACAAUCGACAUGUCAAAGUCUAUUCUCUAGACCUCCCUCAUAAAUACCCGAUUUGUGAGUGAUGAAGAUUUGUUGAAUUUGAAGACCAAAAAGGAAAGAAAGAAAGAAAGAAAGAAAGAAGAAUAGAGGAGUAUUGGUAUCUGGUAGAUGGUCUCAUGGGUGCAACGGGUUCCAAGCUCGAAAAGGCCCUCGGAGACCAGUUCCCUGAAGGCGAACGCUAUUUUGGUCUUGAAAACUUUGGCAACACUUGUUAUUGCAACAGUGUCUUACAGGCGCUAUACUUUUGUGUCCCUUUCCGCGAGCAGCUGCUAGAGUAUUAUGCAAAUAAUAAAAGUCCUCCAGAAGCAGAGGAGAAUCUCCUAACUUGUUUGGCUGAAUUAUUCUCACAGAUAAGUUCACAGAAGAAGAAAACCGGUGUUAUUGCUCCAAGGCGCUUUGUACAAAGAGUCAGGAAGCAAAAUGAACUUUUCCGAGGUUACAUGCAUCAGGAUGCCCAUGAGUUCUUGAACUUCUUGUUAAAUGAACUCGUUGAUAUCUUGGAGAAAGAGUCACAUACAGCAAAAAGUUUAACUGCAAGGUCUCCUGAAAAAGUCGCAAAUGGAUCAUGUAAUGGUCACACAAAUGGUGUUAAGAAGGAGCCACUUGUUACCUGGGUGCACAAAAAUUUUCAGGGUAUAUUAACCAAUGAAACAAGAUGUUUGAGGUGUGAGACGGUCACAGCAAGGGAUGAGACAUUUUUUGAUUUGAGCCUUGAUAUUGAACAGAACAGUUCAAUUACUAGCUGCCUCAAAAAUUUCAGUUCAACAGAGACCCUCAAUGCGGAAGACAAAUUUUUCUGCGACAAGUGUUGUAGCUUGCAGGAAGCACAAAAACGGAUGAAGAUAAAGAAACCGCCACACAUCCUGGUCAUUCAUUUGAAGCGUUUCAAGUAUAUGGAACAACUAGGUCGUUACAAAAAAUUGUCUUACCGUGUUGUGUUUCCUCUGGAGCUGAAACUCAGUAACACCAUCGAAAACACGGACUCUGAGUAUUCUCUAUUUGCUGUUGUGGUUCAUGUCGGGAGUGGGCCAAACCACGGGCAUUAUGUUAGUCUUGUGAAAAGCCACAACCACUGGUUGUUCUUUGAUGAUGAGAACGCGGAGAUCAUUGAUGAGUCUGCUGUUCAAACCUUUUUUGGCUCAGCUCAAGAGUACUCGAGCAAUACGGAUCAUGGCUAUAUCCUCUUCUAUGAGAGCCUUGCCGCAAGCAAGAGCUGAUGAGAGUACUCACUCAUUGAGACCUAACUAUCCCGCUGUGUCUGCUUAACUUAUGUCAUGUUUAGCUUUCCCAUGGUUCACUGGAGUGGCAUAACGAAUGUUUAUGGUUCAGUGUACAACACGUAAGGGUUUGCAAGCUUUUUGACUUUGCUUUGACAAUAAAGAGAUUUAAAUCUUGGUAUAGAAACUUCAAACGAGAUGUUGAUACUGUAUUAUUAGCUCGUAACUGCAACAACUGCCAAUGAACAUUUGCAGAAUCUGAAAAGCAGGAAUAAGUUAUUCCUUUGUGUAAUUUUAAUCUGAAAAGCACCGCUCCUGUGUCGUUUCGUUUUGAGAUGCACAUUUAUGGACCUUGACUAAUACUUAAUUCCUUUUCUUUCUUAUUAA